AUGGCAUCGAGGAGAAUGGAGACCAAACCCGUGAUAACGUGUCUGAAAACCCUCCUCAUCAUCUACUCCUUCGUCUUCUGGAUCACAGGUGUUAUCCUUCUUGCAGUCGGCGUCUGGGGCAAGCUUACCCUUGGCACAUACAUCUCUCUCAUCGCUGAGAACUCCACCAAUGCCCCUUAUGUGCUCAUCGGGACGGGGACCACAAUCAUCGUCUUUGGGCUUUUCGGCUGCUUCGCCACUUGUCGCGGCAGCCCAUGGAUGCUGAAACUGUAUGCCAUGUUCUUGUCCCUGGUGUUCCUGGCUGAGCUAGUGGCUGGCAUUUCAGGGUUUGUGUUUCGCCACGAGAUCAAGGAUACUUUCCUUAGGACAUACACUGAAGCAAUCCAGAACUACAACAAGAAUGAUGAGCGGAGCCAGGCAGUGGAUAACGUACAGGAAAGUCUGAGCUGCUGUGGCAUUCAGAGCUACACCAACUGGAGCACCAGCCCUUACUUCUUCAAGCACGGCAUCCCUACAAGCUGUUGCAUGAACUCCAGUGAUUGUAAUACUCAGGAUCUGCGCAACAUGACCGUGGCUGCCACUAAAGUAAACCAGAAGGGCUGUUAUGACUUGGUGACCAGUUUUAUGGAGACAAAUAUGGGAAUCAUAGCUGGAGUGGCUUUUGGGAUUGCGUUCUCACAGUUGAUCGGGAUGCUGCUGGCAUGCUGCCUGUCCCGGUUUAUUACUGCUAACCAGUACGAGAUGGUGUAACAAGUCUUUCAGAAGCACCAAGCCUGUCUGAAGAUG